AUAGAAACUAAGCAGACGAUUUAAAUGCUGAAGUCUAAAUUUUAGAGGUUAUAACUUUCGUCGUGUUUUAGUCGAAAACGUGUUUUCAAGGGUAUUUUGCACAAGAAACGUUUUUACCUAGCGCACUGUUGUUACUAAUGGGAAGGUUAUAACGAGAUAUAACAGAGAAAUAUGAGCAAGCCUACCGUAGAUUACCCUAGAAACGGGUCUUACCCUGUACAGUAUCGUAGACGAAGAAAGAAAGGAUCAGCGUGUUGUGGAGACUGUGACACUAAUUAUGCCAAAUCAUUGCAAGGAAUCUGUAAAGUUAUUGCUCUUAUCUUGGGUGCCUUGACUUUCAUUAUCAUUGGAGCAUCCCCAUAUUUCCGCACCAUCUUUGUAAUGGGUGGCGUGACCUGGCCAUUCCAUGUUGUUAUGUUGUUCACUAUUGCUGUGUGGAUGGCAACUGCAUUCGUGUAUGGCUUGUUUAUGAGUGGACAUCAUCUCAGUUAUCCCCAUGUUGCAUGGCCCAAAGUGGAAUUCCUAUUCAACCUUGGAAUGGCCGCUGUCAUUUUAUUCACUGCUAUAUUGGAAGCAGCCAAUGUAUGGAGAUGGGAUAUGUCACAGGGGAUUGUUGGAGGGAUGGCUGGUGGUUUUGGAGGGACUGGUGGUUUAAACAGUCAAUUGAGUGGAUAUGGCUACCGACAAGGAAUGUCAAUGACUCAAUCCAUAAACUUCAACUCCUACUGUGUGAGGUACCCUCGAGAUUGUACGGAUUAUUUUGGACUAUUAACUGGACAUAACUCAUAUUUGGGCAACCAUAUCUUUGCUACAGUUCUCUUGUUCAUGUUGCUGAUUUGUUACCUUGUUUCCACCUACUUUGCCUUCCGCACAUGGAGGGUGUUUGUACGCGACAUGGUACGGGAAGGUGAACUUCCUAAACCUACAUCGUGGGACAGAUUUAAGUUUCGGAUUUCUGAAAUCAAGAUGCCAAAAUCAUCACAGAUUACGGAGAGAGUUUCAAAGCUUUUCAAUCGUAACGAGGCCACAGAAGACAACAAUGAGGGCAACAACAUUGAGUUUGAUGAAUAUCCAGUUUCAGAGAAAACAUUUGAUGCUCCAAUGUCUGAUAGAAGUAGUGUGGUAAAGAAGUCAGAAUAUGCAAGCUCGUCAAGGAGCAGCGGACACAAAUCCAGGUCCUCCCAUCACAGAGGGUCGAGUAGUGAAAGAAGAUCUCGCUCCUCUUCUAAUCCUCGGAGCCAUAAAGAUGGGAGGAGUAGUCGAACAGGAGGAUCAAGUCAUCAUGGGUCAACAAGUGAUAGAAGAAGUGAGAGGCAUUCAGAUGAGAGAUCUCAUCGAUCUGGAUCCGAAUCAAGGUCGGGAAAACGCAGAAGUGAAAGAAAUAAGAAACAUAGUGAUAUCGCAGAAGAAGGAAGUCUGAUGGUGGAAAUACCAACUGGUGACAACAAGGACCCAUUACCCCCUGUUGCUUCUCUCAUGGUGUGAUCAUACCUCUCAUGAUAUGAAUAAAUCUCUCAUGAUAUGAUAUCAAAUCACAUGUUCAGAUCCACCACUCAAAUCUAUAAAGAAAUCAUGAACUUGUAUUUUUGGUUUGGUUUACGAUAUUCAUUAUUUUUUCCACCUCGUCUGUAUAUUGAUGUAUUGUAGAACAAAAAUAUGUUUUAUGGCUUUAUAAAACAAUAUCAAUAUCAGUUUGUGAUGUCAUACAACAUAUAAAAAAUAUUGGCCAAUUUUUUCGGUUCUGUUUUUAUUUCUUUUUUUACGUCAGUUAUGGAACAUUAGUGAAAGCUGUAUUUUUAAGUCUAUUUUUACUAUUUUUCCAACCAAAUGGUGCCUUUUUAUUAGAUAUGCAUUCAUAUACUGUAUAUCAGCUCUAUUGUGUUGCCGCGCUUUUUUCUGUGCCUAUUACGUUGCUGUUUUUUGCUGUUUCAUGUUUCAUUAUCUGGAAACACUGCUACAAACAAAUCACUCCUAUUUUUUGUCAGAAUGCAGUUCAUAUUUUUCCAUUUUUCUGGUGGGUAACAUGUACCUUUAGUUUUGACUUUAACAUUACAAUUUUGGGUUUAUAUAUUACACAUAUAGAACAAAGUAUUUUUGUCAUGGUCAAAAAUACAAAAUUUAACUAUUUUCAGAUUAGUAUUAACAGAUAAUUAUAACAAUAAUUUAUAUAAAAUUUUGUUUGUAUAUUUCAGUUCAUUUUUUUUUAUGUAAUUUUUUUGUUUUCACUACAGCGUUUAGAUUGUAUCGGAAAUAUUUAAAAACGAGAAAUAUUCCAAAUUAUUUCUUUGUUUGUUCUUUUUACAUAAAUACUGCACCGAACUAUGCGCUGUAAUGUAAACACAUUUUUCAUUGUGUGUGUUAUCAAUAUUGUUGUAUAUAGUAGGGUGGGGGAAGAUGGGAAACCUUUUCAUUCUAUUUUAUCAACCCAGUUGGUAGUAAACAAAGAAUAUUCAAAGAAUUAUAAAACCGUAUCCUCACGAAUUCCAUAGACCGUUGUUAAUUGUUUAAAACACGAUCAGAAUACUCGGAUAUUAUGUGCUAAAAGUGUCCCGUCUUCCCCCCACCCUACUACAUUACAUGAUCAAUAUUUUUACAAUCCUGUAUAUUGCACAACGUUUAAACUGCGACAUAUGUCUGACUAUCAUUGCCUAAUUUUAUAUUUUCUCUCGUUAAUCACUAUCAUUGUAAGUUUGCAAACAAUAAUUUUUCAUUUUACCUUUUCUAAACAGAAGCCUAAGGUGCAUGGCAAUUUAAGGUACAGCGUAUGUAUCGCAUUUGUUUGUCAUAUAAUUUACCCAAUCGCAUUUUAUUAUUUUAAUGUUACCAAAAUCGCGUUUUUUUAAAGCAAGAACAAUUUUUAAUCGGUGGAUAUAUUUUUAAUGUAAAAAGUUUUGUUUUUUGCAAUUGUAAGUUUUUGAUUUUUUGAAUAAAAAACGUUGUACAGAG